CUCCUGUUGUCUCCAGCAGAACCCUUUCCCCACCCAUUAAGUCAGGUUGGUCUCUUGCCUUGUUUUCUCCAGAAUGUGAAGCUCCUACUACUUAACCAGUAAAAGGUGGCCCCGAGGUGAUUGCCCUUGCAAGAGGGUUGCUGUGUGAAUCCCAGCAUCCCCUAAUAACCAUCGCUCGAGUUGUUUGCUUGCGCUAAGCUUUUCCUUCUUGUUUUUCACUUUCAGCAGACCUACUCCAAUGAAGUUCAUUGUGUUGAAGAGAUUCUGAAGGAAAUGACCCAUUCAUGGCCGCCUCCUUUGACAGCAAUACACACGCCUAGUACAGCCGAGCCCUCCAAAUUUCCUUUUCCCACAAAGGAUUCUCAGCACAUCAGUUCUGCAACCCAAAACCAAAAACAAUAUGAUACAUCUUCAAAAACCCACACUAAUUCUCAGCAGGGAGCAUCCAUGCUUGAAGAUGACCUUCAGCUCAGUGACAGUGAGGACAGUGACAACGAACAAAGCCCAGAGAAGCCUCCUCCUGUAUCUGCACCUCCAAGUGCUCCGCAGUCGCUUCCGGAAGCAGCGGCCUCAGCACAUUCCAGCAGUGCCGAGUCAGAGAGCACCAGUGACUCAGACAGCUCCUCGGACUCGGAGAGCGAGAGCAGCUCAAGUGACAGCGAAGAGAAUGAACCCCUAGAAACUCCAGCUCCUGAGCCUGAGCCUCCUACAACAAACAAAUGGCAGCUGGACAACUGGCUAACCAAAGUCAACCAGCCGGCAGCACCCCCGGAGGCGCAGGGGAGUGCAGAGCCCCUGCCUCGGCCCCCCGACAGUAAGGGCAAGGGUGGGGGCGACAGCGGCGGCCCCACCCCUGGUCACGAGCGCUCGGAAUCCAAAGAUCCUCCCCUCAAAAGCUCCAGCAAAGCCCCUCGGGGCUCCUCUGAAGGCCCCCACGCCGGCAAGAGAAGCUGCCAGAAGUCCCCCGCGCAACAGGAACCCCCGCCGAGGCAGACCGUCGGGACCAAACAGCCCAAGAAGCCCGUCAAGGCCUCGGCCCAGGCGGACUCGCGGGCCGGCCUGCAGGUGGAAAGUGAGCCAGGACCCCCUCCGUACGGCUCCAAAGACCAGCCUUCCAAAGACAAGCCCAAGGUGAAGACGAAAGGGAGGCCCCGUGCCGGAGACAGCAGAGAGCCCAAGCCCGCGGCGCCUAGCCCCAGCGAGCGGAAGAAGCACAGGAGCGCGCCGCUGGCCCCCUCAACGGCGCUCUCGGGCCCGGAGCCCACGAAGGACGAUGCGGGGGCCAGGAGCCCCGAGCACUUUGCCCUGGUUCCCCUGACCCAGAGCCAGGGCCCACCCCACGGCGGCGGCGGCAGGACUAGUGGCUGCCGGCGCGCUGUGGUCGUCCAGGAGGACCGCAGGAAGGACAAGCUCCCGGGGCCCGCGAGAGACCCCAAGCUGCUGUCCCCGCUCAGGGACACUCCUCCCCCUCCAAUCUUGAUGGUGAAGAUAACCCUGGACCUUCUUUCCCGGAUACCCCAGCUUCCUGGCAAGGGGGGCCGUCCGAGGAAAGCCGAGGACAAGCAGCCCCCCGCAGGGAAGAAGCUCGAUUCGGAGAAGAGGGGCUCUGACAAUUCAAGCAAGUUGGCUAAAAAAAGAAAGGCUGAAGCAGAGAAAGACCACGAUAGCAAGAAGGCCAGACUGGAGAAAGAAACCAAGUCACAGUCAUCAUCUUCAUCCUCCCACAAAGAAUCUUCUAAAACGAAAACAUCCAGGCCCUCCUCUGAGCCCUCAAAGAAGGAAGCGCUUCCCCACCCACCUGCGUCUUCAUCCUCCUCCUCCUCCUCCUCCUCCUCCUCCCAGAAGCCAGCCAAGCCUGCACAAAAGAGGCCAAGGCGGGAAGCCGACCCCUGCAGCCAGGACCCUCCCCAAAGUGCCAGUAGUAGCAAGGGCAACCACAAAGACUCUUCCGCCCCCAAGCACAGAAAAGUCGAGGGGAAGGGACCUGGAAGCAGUACAGAGCACAAAGGAUCUUCUGGAGAUACUGCAUAUCCUUUUCUAGUGCCUUCUUUGCCAAAUGGUAACUCGAAACCAGGGAAGCCUCCGGUGAAGCCUGACAGACAACAAGCAGAUUUUCACAUGAAGGAGGCCAAAAAGUUGAAGCAAAAAGCAGAGUUAAUGACAGACAAGGUUGGGAAGGCUUUUAAGUACUUGGAGGCCGCCUUGUCCCUCAUUGAGUGUGGGAUUGCCACGGAGUCGGAAAGCUCGACGUCCAAGUCGGCUUACUCGGUGUACUCGGAAAGCGCGGACCUCAUUAAAUUUAUAAUGUCGUUAAAAUCCUUUUCAGACGCCUCAACUCCACAAGAGAAAAUAUUUGCUGUUUUAUGCAUGCGUUGCCAGUCCAUUUUGAACAUGGCGAUGUUUCGUUGUAAAAAAGAUACAGCAAUAAAGUAUUCUCGUGCUCUUAACGAACACUUCAGCAGUUUUUUCAAAGUUGCCCAGGCACCUUCUCCAUGCAUUGCAAGAAGCACAGGCACACCGUCCCCUGUCUCUCCGAUGCCUUCUCCUGCCAGCUCCGUCGGCUCCCAGUCAAGUGCUAGCAGCGGAGGGAGCAGCGGCAUGCCUGUCACCAUCCAAAACAUGACGUCGUCUUAUGUCACCAUUACAUCCCAUGUCCUUACCGCCUUCGAUCUUUGGGAGCAGGCUGAGGUCCUGACGAGGAAGAAUAAAGAAUUUUUUGCUCAGCUCAGCACGAGUGUGUGCGCCUUGGCCCUCAACAGCAGUUUGAUGGAUCUGGUGCACUAUACAAGACAGGGUUUUCAGCGGCUAAAACAAGCAACCAAAACACCUUAACGGAGGCCCAAGUUGAUUUGAUGGCUUGGGAACUUUUUUGCACAUUGAAAGCCUCAAACACAGUUCAGACCUUUGUCUCAUCAAGACACCAAACUCGAGAAGAGAAGCACCAUGAGAUGGCCAGGACAUUUGUCCGCUUAAGCUUGCAAGACCUUAUGUGAUCGUUGGUUGGACAUGGUGGCUAUACAGAAGCAGAGAGGAGGAGGCUGGCCUCAGAGAUGAUCUUGCCUUUCCUAACUGAAGGACAGAAGUGCAAUGUAGACUAAGUGGGCGUAUGAGUGGUCUAGAAACAUUUCCGUACUUUUUUUAACCAGCAGGAUGCAAAUGGCAGAUGAAAUGAGGAGAAGCAGUUUCAGCUCUGAGAGCAAGUUCAUGUCAUCUCAGUAGCCACCCUAGUCUAUUCCCAGAAGGAAAUAUUUUAAACAAUGAAUUUGGGUGUAGGGUUUUGUGGAUGAUUUUUUUUUCUUUUAAGUUUUGGGGGAAAUCUUUGUUUAGUAAAUUCUUAACGGUCAUCUAUAAAGCGUAAGUUGUGAAGGACUCCACCGUACCCCACUUUCUGCCCGUGAACAGUGACUUUGAUAAUACCAAGUAUUGUCACAAUUUAUAAAAUUGAAGGCAACUCCCCCACACCCCCCACGCCCCUGUUGCCUGGAGUACCGCGCGUUCACCCCACUUCUGAUUUCUCCGUCACUGCUGAGAGUCAGCCUAAGUCCGAGCAGUGGAGGGAGGAGCUGCUGCCCACGGGGACGCCAUCUUGAGAUCGCAUGCACGAUGGAGGACUUGGCGGUGUCAUCUCCACCCCCUGCUUCAGCGAAAGGCAGUCACCAUUGACUAUAUUCUGAAUUUUCUACCUUGGGGAAGAAGGGAACCAACAUUUAUACCCGACCAGAUGGCUAAAGUGCUUUUUAAUUUUUGUUUAAGUAGAGCUGGAAUUUGAGGUGCUGAUCUGUGGUCUACAGUUAUGUGGUAACUCAUGUUGUCUAACCAACUCAGAAUUUUGUCAGCAAACAAAGAAAAAUGAAAUCUACUUCUUAGAGAGGCUAUAUUUUUCUGCUACAGAUUAUUUUAUAUUUAUAGCAAAAGUAGACUUUCUGAGCCCUUGAUUGUCUAGGGUAAGUCAACUCCCUAAGAGGAUGUGGAGAUUUGGGUGGUUAAUUAGACUUAAAAAAAAAAAAAAAAAAAAAAAGUCACCACAUGCCUUCACUCCAAAGUGUUCUCAGUCAACUAGAUUUGAUUGGAUUGAAGAACCGUGGCCUUCCCAUAUGUUGUUAUUGCCAUAUUCUAGACGUUAAACCAAGUUCAUAGGGAAUGACCUAAAAUGAAAGAACACAGUCAAAAUUCCCACGUAACCAUAAGCACAGAUUUUUUUUUUAUUGAAACUUUGAAGGCUAUUGGAAACAUUAUUUUGAGUGCAGUGUUUUUAAAAGCCAAUUCUUGAUAUCCCUUUUAGAAGUAGAAUUUGCACAUGUAUUAAAAUUGAGGAGUGAGUGUUA